GGUCCAGUGGAGGUGAUCCUCUAGGGUCCAGUGGAGGUGAUCCUCUAGGGUCCAGUGGAGGUGAUCCUCUAGGACCCAGUGGAGGUGAUCCUCUAGGACCCAGUGGAGGUGAUCCUCUAGGGUCCAGUGGAGGUGAUCCUCUAGGGUCCAGUGGAGGUGAUCCUCUAGGGUCCAGUGGAGGUGAUCCUCUAGGGUCCAGUGGAGGUGAUCCUCUAGGGUCCAGUGGAGGUGAUCCUCUAGGGUCCAGUGGAGGUGAUCCUCUAGGGUCCAGUGGAGGGGAUCCUCUAGGAUACAGUGGAGGUGAUCCUCUAGGGUCCAGUGGAGGUGAUCCUCUAGGGUCCAGUGGAGGUGAUCCUCUAGGAUCCAGUGGAGGUGAUCCUCUAGGAUCCAGUGGAGGUGAUCCUCUAGGGUCCAGUGGAGGUGAUCCUCUAGGGUCCAGUGGAGGGGAUCCUCUAGGAUACAGUGGAGGUGAUCCUCUAGGGUCCAGUGGAGGUGAUCCUCUAGGGUCCAGUGGAGGUGAUCCUCUAGGACCCAGUGGAGGUGAUCCUCUAGGGUCCAGUGGAGGUGAUCCUCUAGGGUCCAGUGGAGGGGAUCCUCUAGGAUCCAGUGGAGGUGAUCCUCUAGGGUCCAGUGGAGGUGAUCCUCUAGGGUCCAGUGGAGGUGAUCCUCUAGGGUCCAGUGGAGGUGAUCCUCUAGGGUCCAGUGGAGGUGAUCCUCUAGGGUCCAGUGGAGGUGAUCCUCUAGGGUCCAGUGGAGGGGAUCCUCUAGGGUCCAGUGGAGGUGAUCCUCUAGGGUCCAGUGGAGGUGAUCCUCUAGGAUCCAGUGGAGGUGAUCCUCUAGGAUCCAGUGGAGGUGAUCCUCUAGGGUCCAGUGGAGGUGAUCCUCUAGGAUCCAGUGGAGGUGAUCCUCUAGGAUCCAGUGGAGGUGAUCCUCUAGGGUCCAGUGGAGGUGAUCCUCUAGGGUCCAGUGGAGGGGAUCCUCUAGGAUCCAGUGGAGGUGAUCUUCUAGGAUCCAGUGGAGGUGAUCCUCUAGGACCCAGUGGAGGUGAUUCACUAGGGUCCAGUGGAGGUGAUCCUCUAGGAUCCAGUGGAGGUGAUCCUCUAGGGUCCAGUGGAGGUGAUUCUCUAGGUGAUCCUCUAGGGUCCAGUGGAGGUGAUCCUCUAGGGUCCAGUGGAGGUGAUCCUCUAGGGUCCAGUGGAGGUGGUCCUCUAGGGUCCAGUGGAGGUGAUCCUCUAGGGACCAGUGGAGGUGAUCCUCUAGGGUCCAGUGGAGGUGAUCCUCUAGGGUCCAGUGGAGGGGAUCCUCUAGGGUCCAGUGGAGUGGAGGUGAUCCUCUAG